AUGUUGAAAGAUAUGCGAGGCAAAUUCGCUGCUGUACGCCGCGCAAUACACAAAAAUUCCGGUGUACAUUUUGCUGCUAAAUUUCUAAAACGACGCCGACGCGCUCAAUCCUCAGACAAGGAGAUCAAACAUGAGAUCGCUGUACUGAUGCUCUGUGAUGGCGCCGACAAUAUUGUCAAAUUGAAUGCGGUGCACGAGUCACGCUCCGAUACGGCGUUGCUGCUGGAACUGGCAACCGGUGGUGAGCUACAAACAUUUCUAGACAAUGAGGAGUGCCUCAGUGAGGCACAUGCCCGCUAUUGCAUGCGUGAAGUACUUAAAGCACUGCAGUUCCUGCACAAACGUUCGAUUGCACAUCUCGAUCUGAAGCCACAAAAUAUUUUGCUCACUGGUGAGCACAUCGAAGACGGCUUGAAGUUGUGCGAUUUUGGCAUCUCUCGCGUCGUCGCCGAGGGCACAAAUGUGCGUGAGAUUGUCGGCACACCGGAUUACGUGGCACCCGAGGUGUUGCAAUACGAGCCGCUCUCAUUGUUGACGGACAUUUGGUCGGUGGGCGUGUUGGCGUAUGUACUACUGUCCGGUUUCUCGCCUUUCGGCGGCGAGACAAAACAGGAAACGUUCCUCAACAUUUCGCAAUGUGCGCUGACAUUUCCGGACAAACUGUUUGGCGGAGUGUCCGCUGCGGCAAUUGAUUUUAUACGUCGCGCUUUGCGAAUAAAGCCAAAUGAUCGCAUGAAUGCUGCAGGAUGUCUCGAGCACAUUUGGUUGAAAGACGAAUGCUCAAUCGAUAGACAAAUCCUCACAGACAUCACCAAACCAACGACAGUCAACUCAGCAACCGCUGCAGCCGACGAAGAUGUCGAUGAUGAUGACGACGACGACGACGACGACGAGGAAGAUGAGGUAGAAGAGGAAGAGGAUGUGGAUGAGGUGAGAGCGGAUGAAGCUGAACAUGAAAACGAAAUGUCGCACGAUGACGACGACGAAGACGAAGAAGUCAACAUUAGCAUUGAUUCCAGCCAGCUGAAUGGCACAAAUGGCAGCAAAAUGGAAUCAUCCGAUGCGGAGGAAGUGGAGGAAGCACCACAACCAAUCAAGCCUGUGGUCAUCACUAAUGGCAAGGCUGCAUACAACAACAGCAAUGGCUAUGGCAAAUAUAAUGGCCGAAGUGCCACUAAUACCAACUCAACAACAAAUAACGCCACGCGCCACAAUAGCAGCACCCACUCCAGUUAUGCCACCGGUGCUGGCAAUGCUUCGAGAUACAGCAAUGGCACAAAGUUCGCUUCAAGCGCUAAUACAACAACAACACAAAGAGCCACCGCAAUUGUGACGGUGCCCGCAAUGCGUGCCACAACCAUACCGUUGCAGUACAACGGCGGCCACCAUCACUAUCAGCAGCAGCAGCAACAACAACAACAGCACCAAUUUGCACAGCAAAAACAUCACCAACAGCAUCUACAGAUACCUGCACGCCGGCAUUCAUCCUCAGACUCCAACAAGGAGAACACUUUCCUGGCUACCAAGAAAAUAACGCCGACCGCAACGGCUGGUGUUGCUGGUGGUGUGGUGAAGAAGCCACUUUCGGCUACAGCAACAACAACAAUUGUAAUUGGAGGUAGCGAAAUGGGCGGCACUUCAGCGACGACAGGAGUUGCUGCAUCUGCUAAUGUGGUUGCCACAUUUAGCCUGCCCAGUGGUUAUAACCACGCCAACAGCAGCAGCAGCAGCGGCAGCGGCAGCAGCAACGUCAACAGCCACAAUAGUGCCAACAACGAAAAAUAUAUAACCACUACAACAGCGCAUUGCCUCUUCCCCGACGCACCCACAACACCGAAAGUUAUACGCAAAGCACCCAACGCGGAGGCAUCGCCCACUUCGGUGAAGGCACUGGUGAAAAAGUUUCAACUGGAAGGUGGCAACACAAGUCCGCACGGCGUGGAGAAGCACACAACAACAACAACCACACAUCUGAAAGAGGCACAAUCAACAAAUCAGCAGACACAGCACGCAAAUGCAGCUUCACCGCAAAUAAAUGGUGGCUCUAGCAUUGGUGGCGGCGCGGGUAUCGGUAGCAAGAAAUCGCCGCUCAGUAAUGGCAACGCCAAGAAAUCUGAUGCGUUGAGAAAAUAUGGUGACAGCAGCAACAACAUUGGCCAUGUCGUAGCCAAUGGACGACGCGCUUCGGAGCCAACAAAUACCGUGACGCAUGUAAUGGUAGCGCAUAAUCGCAGCGGCAGCGGUGGCGGCAGUCUGCCAACCAGCUACAAAUCGACUUGUGUGCUCUGCCUCAGCUGUGGCAGCAAGGCGACAACGAACAGCGCUCCGAACGGAUGCAGGCAUUCGAUGGACGCCAGCGGCAAGCUCAGCAAAGCAAGCAACGGGAACAGCAACAGCACUGCCACUAAGAGUAGUAAAAUCGCUAGCAGCAACAGCAACGCCAACGCCACUGCCAGUGGCACUGCCAUCAGCACAGCAACAGCCAUCGUUAAUGGCAGCAGCAGCAGCAGCAGCAGCAGCAACGGCAGCACCUCAUCGACGCCAACAACUACUGCUUUAUUGCUGGGCAAUCAUCAGCAGCAGCUGCACCAUCAUCACCACUUAAAUAGCGUACACCAUCAUCCGCACCACCACCACCACCAUCAUCAUCACAUGCAUGUGGCGGCGAAGAGUGCCGCAGCCAACAAUUUGAGUUUGGAUCAGGGUAUUAUUUGUUAGCUAAGGGCCAGCCGGGCGCGUAGGAAUGCCAGAAAUUUCUUUAACCGAUUUCUUUGUUGUAUGUAGUAUUGCGUGGAUGCUGUGUAAGCGGCUGGCCAACACAAAUGCAGGCUAUGCAGCCUAGCCGCUUGCUGGUGUUGGGUUUUCUGGUUGUGGCGUGGAGUUGUUGAGGAGCAGCGAGCGCAUAGUUUUUCCUACUCUUUGCUUAAACUCAAUUUUUUCUUGUUAAAGUAAUGCAUAAAAAGUGAUUUAAAAAAAAUCUGUAUAUUUAAAUAAGUAUUGUUGUAAAAAUAUGCGUUCCGCACUCUGUCACACACACACACACACACACCGCUACACCACUUAGGCUGAACGCCCCCCAGCAGCACACGCAUGCGCGCUUACUAAGUGACUAUUGAUGGCGCGUGAUUUGCACACGACGCUGCUUAAUGUACGAGUAGUUAAGUGUUAUAACUUUACAGCUAAUUUUAUUUAAAUUAAUGUGAAUUAGUUGCAAAACUUGUAGCGUGAAAUGGAUAAGUUGAAAUUGAAUUAGUUGAUUAGUUCAAUGAUGGAUGCAUGGGAGAGCGCGAUAAGCAUCGUAGUUGUAUAAUACAAGACUUGCGACAUGUGUACGCGCAUAGGUACAUACAUAAAUGUUUCCGAACAAAUGUUUAGCUACAAUGCGCGCAUACUUAACGGAAUCGUAAAUAAAUGUCCCUUUAAGUAAAUUGGAAAUUUAAAAGUUGAUGAAAAUUUUCUUCAAUUUAUGUUUUGCUUUCGCUUUUUGUUGCUUUUUAGUUUCGCUUUUAUGCCUUUUUUUUUGUGAAGCAACACUACUGUCUACUGCGACUGUUUGUUUCCUUAGCUUCCGCUUGAUUUCUACGCAUUCAGUCGUUUGGGUCAUUGAGUUUUCACCCGCCGCGCGCUUUCAACUUACUUCUCUUAAUUUAUUUAUUUAGUUCAUUUACUUUAUUAUGCUUACACUUUUUUUUUAUAAAUAUAUAAAUGAAAACAUAUCUCUUGAAGUUGGUUUAGUUUUAUGAAGCCUUUAUUUUGUAAUUCCAUAUCGCGAAACACAAUUAAUUUUUGCAUAGAAUAAAAAAUUGUACGUUAAAAUUGAAUUGAAUUGAAUUGAAUUGAAUUGAAUUUGUGAAUUGUGAACAAAGAAAUGCCCAAACUUCUAGUUUUAAUGCAAACAUAAAGUAGGCAGAAUUUAGAAGAAAUAUGCAUUGCAAAGCAAAUCCAAGUCCGCGCUGCUGCUCUUAAUUAAUUAAGUUUUAGUGAAUUAGUUAAUAUAGAAAUGUAUUGUAGUUGUAUUGGCUGUUAAGGCUUCAAAUUGUUGGUGUCGCUGCCGUUGGCUGUCUUUUGUGCUGCUCUGCCAAGCAGCUGCGCUUAGUUGAGAUUUAUUUGCGAUUUAUUUGAUUUCUGUAUUUUUUAUUACUCACUUUUUUUUUGGUUUGUUUUUGUUUGCUGCAGCAUCUGCUGUGUAUGAUUUAAGUUUUUCACUUAUAUUUUUAAUAUAAUUACCAUAUCUUCUAUGUACUUUUUCUGCGUAGUAGCAGAAGUGGUUAACUUUACAAGAUGAAAAUCUGAAUAUGAAAUGAUUUACCUACCUUUACUUGUAGUUAAAAGCGGCAUUAUUGAAAUAAAUAAUUACGUACAUAUCUACAGGCAUGCAGAUUUGCGCCGAUCGUAGACAAAUAGUUACUAAUUAAUUGAUUUAUGAUAAUUGAUAAUAACUGAAAUUGAAUUGAAAUGAAAAUGAUUUGUGGUUUACUUUCUGUCAACACAACAACACAUAAACGAAUAAAAAAAAUCCAUUAUAUUUGGUAAUGCAUUAUGAAA